AUGAGUGCGGCGAUGGCGCACGACGAGGCGGCGCUUGACGCGCUGCUUCGCGACGUUUCGCUCACGCCCGGCGGCCCUGACGUCGAGCAGUGCCGGGAAAAGAUCGCCGAGACGCUGCUGACGCCCAAAUGGCGGCCCGAGCAUGCUUGGAUGACGCACGCCCAAGAACACUGGGCGCGCCCCCCCAACUAUGAGUCGACGCUGGCGAUGGAUCCCUCGCCGAGUACGACGUCGCUGCAGUUUGUGCGCUCUGGGCUGCACGGCGCCGUCGUCGGCUACCGCGAAGUGGUCUCUACAACGUCGCUCCAGGAGCUGUACCAAGGCGCUGCGCCCAACAUGUCGAUGCAGCGCCCUAUGAAUGCGACGCACACGUUUGUGCGCGGCAAGUCGGGGGCGUCUCCCUUCCGCCCCGGCGGCCUGGACGACGAUGCGGUCGCACCGGAUACCCUUGCCGAGACCGACGAGCCGCUGGAGGACAUGGCCCUCCGCCGCGUCCCCCCCGGCUUCACGCGCGGCCUGGACACGGCUGCGGGCGAGGGCAUGGGCGCGGCGCCCGAGUGGGCUGAACGCCUUGCGUCGAAUACCAACCCCCUGGACCGUACCGUGAUCACGACCGGCGACGAUGGACUGUACCGCAUGCCCGAAAACGCGCCUGCGCCACAGAACGAUGAUGCGGUGGUCGACGAGAUGCUCCCGGUGGAGUCGAUUCCGCGCAUGUUCCACGGCGUGCAGGCGCAGCAGCCCGAAGAGAAGCGCGAGUGGGCGCAUGUCGUCGACGCCAGCAAGCAAAUGACCAACUUCCACGAGCUGGUGCCCGACAUGGCGCACGUCUUUCCGUUCGAGCUGGAUACCUUUCAGAAGCAGGCUGUCUACCACCUGGAGCGCAGCGAGUCUGUGUUUGUCGCCGCGCACACCUCCGCCGGCAAGACGGUGGUAGCCGAGUACGCGAUUGCGCUCGCGAUGAAGCACAUGACGCGCUGCAUCUACACGUCGCCGAUCAAGGCGCUCUCGAACCAAAAGUUCCGCGAGUUUAAAAAGACGUUUGGCGCGGAAAAUGUUGGUAUCCUCACCGGCGAUGUGCAGAUCAACCCAGAGGCGCCGUGCCUGAUUAUGACGACCGAGAUCCUGCGCAGCAUGCUUUAUCGCGGUGCAGAUCUCAUCCGCGACGUCGAGUUUGUCAUCUUUGACGAGGUCCACUAUGUCAACGACCAGGAGCGCGGCGUCGUGUGGGAAGAGGUGAUUAUCCUUCUUCCUGCGCACGUCAACAUUGUGCUCCUCUCUGCCACGGUGCCGAACACGAAAGAGUUUGCGGGCUGGGUCGGCCGUACGAAAAAGAAGGACGUCUAUGUCAUCUCGACGCACAAGCGCCCUGUCCCCCUCGAGCACUUUAUCUACGCCGGCAAACAACUGCACAAGAUCGUCGAUGCGAACGGGCGCUUCCUCUCGGGCGGCGCACACGAGGCAUUCGAGUCGCUGAAGCCCAAGCAGGUGCGCGAGCGCGAGGCGGCGGGCGUGCGCGGCAAGCCGCCGCAGCGUGGCCGCGGCGCGCCGCGCGGCGGCGCCGUUACGUCCGGCCGCCGCGGCAUUGACCGCUCCGUGUUUGUGCACCUCGUCGGCCUCUUGAAGAAGAAGUCGCUCUUGCCUGUCGUCGUCUUUGUCUUUUCGAAGAAAAAGUGCGAGGAGUACGCCGACAGCCUGUCGAGCACCGACCUAUGCACUGCGAAAGAAAAGAGCGAGGUGCACAUUGUCGUCGAGCGCAGCCUGAUGCGCCUCAAGGACGCCGAUCGCGAGCUGCCGCAGAUCCAGCGCAUGCGCGAGAUGCUCAGCCGGGGCAUUGGUGUGCACCACAGUGGUCUGCUGCCGAUUAUGAAGGAGCUGGUCGAGAUUCUCUUCCAGCGCGGCCUGGUCAAGGUGCUCUUUGCGACCGAAACCUUUGCGAUGGGCGUCAAUAUGCCUGCGCGCUCCGUCGUCUUUUCCGGCGCGCGCAAGAACGACGGCACGGGCUUCCGUUUCCUGCUCCCGGGCGAGUACACGCAAAUGUCGGGUCGUGCCGGCCGCCGUGGCCUGGACGCGACGGGUGUCGUGAUCCUCGUGGCCUCGGACGACAUCCCCGAAGUGAACGGGUUGAAUAAGAUGCUCCUCGGCCAGUCGAGCAAGCUCAAGUCCCAGUUCCGUAUCACCUACAGCAUGGUCCUCAACCUCUUGCGUGUCGAGGCGCUCAAGGUCGAGGAAAUGAUCAAGCGCUCCUUCUCGGAGAACUCGACGCAGCGCCUCUUGCCCCAGCAGCAGGCCAAGCUCAAAGAGGUCGAGGGCAAGAUGGCGAAUAUGGAGAACGACAUGAAGCUGCUGUCGCUGCCCUAUGCGCAGCUCGAGCGCCUAUACGACGCGUCGCGCGACGCAGUGCAGCUCAACGAGACGCUGCUGGCGCUGGCCUACCACCAUUCGCAAGGCAGCAAGUGCCUUGCCUCGGGCCGUGUCGUCCUCUUGCGCGACGGCUACUUUGACCACGCCCCUGCGUUCAUCGUGCGCCCGGUGACCGGCGAGCACUUUUUGGUGCUUGCCGUGAUUCCCGAGUCGAAGCGCAGCGUGAACAGCAUCCGCGCCGACGCCGUGCCGCCGAUGUGGAUCUCGUCGACGAUCGCCGAGCCGAUGCGUGCGCCCGACCUGAUCCCUGUGAUCCGCGAGGUGCCGCUGAGCUCGAUUGCGUUUGUCACGUCGUUUGUCGAAAACAUCCCUGCGCCCUCGAUCCAGACGCGCCGGCCGUCGGCGAUGCGCCGUGCGAUGGAGCUUAUGCGCCCCGCGAUCACGGCGAUUGUCGAGUGCCUCGACGCGGCCAAGAGCGACGCGCCGACGGCCAUCACCUCGCUGGAAGUCGACUGGGCGCGCCUGCGCCGCAUGGACUUCCAAGAGGCCAAGAACGCACGCGAUCUGGCGCUCGCCGAGCUUGUGCCGCUGCAGGGCCUCGUGUCGGAGCCCAACUUUGCACGCGACUACCAGCGCAUGCAAAAAUUCAAGGAUCUCGAGCGCAAGGCGGCCAAGAUCAGUGCGUCGCUCUCGGACCAGAACCUCGACUUGUUGCCAGACUACCACCAGCGUGUCGACGUGCUGAAAGCGCUGCGCUUUAUCGACCCCGAUUCGGAGACGGUCCUGCUCAAGGGCCGCGUGGCGUGCGAGAUGAAGAGUGCCAACGAGCUGAUUCUCACCGAGCUGAUCCUUGACAAUACCUUUAUCGAAUACGAGCCGGAGGAGAUUGCGGCGCUCCUCUCCGUCUUUCACUUUAAGGAAAAGACGCUCGACGACCCGUCGCUUCCCGCACGGCUCAAGGAGGGCUUUGACCGGAUUGUCGACGUCGCGGACCGCGUGUCGGCCGUGCAGACCGCGCACCAGCUCAGCACGGAGGACGACGCAUCGUCGCUCAAGACGGGGCUUAUGGAGGUCGUCUACCACUGGGCCAAAGGCACCGAUUUCCAGACGAUCAUGCAGAUGACCGACGUCGGUGAAGGCACGAUUGUGCGCUGCAUCACGCGCCUCGAUGAGACCUUCCGCGAGGUGCGCGACGCGUCGCGUGUGAUUGGCGACAUGGACCUCCUGCAAAAGAUGGAGACGUGUCAGCAGCUGAUCCGCCGCGACAUUGUCUUUGCGGCGAGUCUCUACUUUUAG